AUGGCCUACUACAGCCCUAUCGUCCCUACGCCAUUUGACCUCAUGACCUACGCACUCAAUCGUAUCGCCCACAGCCACAAAGUCAGAGAACAAAAGGAACAAGCGGAGAAACAAGCGGAGAACUCGUGCCAAGCACCUCCCACCAAGCCGUCAACACACCAAGUCGACUGCUAUAGCUCCAAUCGUCCCCAAACUCUCUCAAAACAGCAACAGAACACUGCGGAGAACAUUACGGAGACAGUCAUCAGCAGCAGUGACACAACAGGCCUACUCUCCACGAUCUCACACCAAUCCACUCAGCCAGUGCAAGAGAAGUCACUACAGCAGGCAAAAGCGGAGAACACUGCGGAGAAACCAAGCGACAACAAGGCCACCGUCAUCAAGAACACGGCUCAGCUCUCCACGAUCCCACGUCAGAUCGCCACUCAGCAAGCGGAGAACGACAGUACAAUUUGGCCUGCUAUCUCUGCAUGCCUAGGCAAUAUCACAUUAGUGUGGCAUAUCACUGCAAUGAGCAAACAAGAGAAGGAUCUACUGCGACGAUCACAGCCAAAUUACUAUGAUACAUUGGACCUCUGCAAGCAAAGGCCACGCAUAUCUCGCUGA